GGAGAGUAAGUGGUUAUUGAAAAACGAAGAAAAAGCUAGGCGAUAAACAGGCUGAAACCGCAAACUGCGUUGGUGACUGUUAAAACAGAAUUUGUGACGGGUAAUGUAUUAUAGCAUUAACUUUUCGACUGACAGUUUGUAGGUUCUUAAGACGUAGCUAAACACGAUUAGCUACUUUUGGAGGCGAGAAGAAAGGCAUACAAUGCCGUGGGAGCGCUUUUUCUCAUCUUCGCCUCGCCUUGUUCUUCCUCAUUUACCGACUGCGUGAGGACGGACUCAAAACAAGAAACUACUGUAUCGACAACUGUCAAUAACUGUAGCUAGCGAGCUAGCUAUAACCUGAACACGUGCUAAUUUACAAUGGCGGAUAGCGUAGGAGAGGUUUCUAAUGGUGAAAUUGGGUUAGGUGUUGGUAGUCAGGGAAAUGGAGCUCCGCUGUUACCGAGUUUGGGUAAUUCUCUGCCGGGCCACUCGACGAUUGGAGCUAACCCGGCCUCACCACCCCCAGCAGCGGCUGCGGAGACUGGCCUAGCCGUCAUGGCCCCUGGAGCCACAACUACCUCAACCGUGGUGACUGGGAGCGGGUUUGGAGGUGCAGGUGUUCUUAGCGCGGUAGUGGGCUCUGCCAUUCCAAUACCCCCCUACUCGGCCACCAAUGCUCUGCCGGGCGGUAUCGGUUUGGGGGUGGCCGGAGCGGGCCUCUUGUCCCAGAUUCACGCAACGUCCUGGGACCCAACACUAAGUACCGACUGGGACAACGAGAAGACGUCCCAGCAAUGCAUUCUCCGAAUCAAAAGGGAUAUAAUGUCCAUCUAUAAGGAGCCUCCCCCGGGUAUGUUUGUAGUUCCUGACCCUCACGACAUGACUAAGAUCCAUGCCCUCAUCACAGGACCCUUCGACACGCCCUACGAGGGAGGCUUCUUCCUCUUUCUGUUCCGCUGCCCCCCGGACUACCCCAUCCACCCCCCACGGGUCAAGCUCAUCACCACCGGCCAAAACACUGUGCGCUUCAACCCCAACUUUUACCGUAACGGCAAAGUAUGCCUCAGCAUCCUCGGGACUUGGACAGGGCCAGCGUGGAGCCCAGCCCAGAGUAUCUCCUCAGUUCUGAUCUCCAUCCAGUCUCUGAUGACUGAGAACCCCUACCACAAUGAGCCAGGCUUUGAACAGGAGAGACACCCGGGGGACAGCAAGAACUACAACGAGUGCAUCCGCCAUGAGACCAUGCGCGUGGCUGUAUGUGACAUGCUGGAUGGGAAGGUGCCCUGUCCAGAAGCACUGUGGAGUGUGAUGGAGAAAUCAUUCCUGGAGUACUAUGACUUCUACGAGGGGGUCUGCAAAGAGAGACUACACCAACAGGGACAGAACAUGCAGGACCCUUUUGGGGAGAAGAGGGGUCGCUUCGAUUACCAGGGCCUACUGGCACGCCUGAGUGCCACCCAGAGGCGCAUACGGGAGAAGUGCCCACCGGAGGACAACGAUGACCACUCGGACUCGGACACCAGCUCCUCAGGCACGGACCCAGAUAGCCAGGGCAGCUCCCAGCCUUAGCCACAAGAUGAUGCCACACUACCUAUUUUUCUGUUUCUCCCUUUCUGUUUUUGCAGGAUGGUUUUGGCACAAGUGAGAUGUUGGAGGGGGAAAGGCUUGAUAUCAGGAAGCACUUAUGAUACAAAGGCAGGGGAUAGCUAAUGUCUGUUUUGAUUGGUUCUUUUUCCUUCCCCUGCAGUCAUUGCAGGAUUUCGAUUAAUUUUUUAUUUUAUUUUUCAACUGUUGUAAGGAAACAAUGCUAGUAUGGGGGAGUUUGGCUUGUAGAAAUGGACACUAGUUGUUUUGAAAGCAAUUUGUUAUAGACUCUGCCUUUUGUCUUUGUUUCCCCAUGCCUGAUUGGAUUAGGAAGUAGAGGUGAAAUCUGAGAUUGCCCAUUCUCAAUAUUCAGUCAGUACAACCACAUCGAUCGUCUUAAUCAGAUCAUCAACUUCUAUUCUAUCAUACAUCGGUACAUACACCUCAGACUAUCCACUUCUAAAGUCCCAUUGUCUCUUAUGAUCUUUCUUUAAUCUGAACAGUACUUAAUACAAUUAUGAACCGAGUCAUAAUGAAUUGCAUUUGUUUCAACAACAACAAAAAAUCCAUUAAUGCCUAGUACAAAACAUGUACAGUUGCGGCCAAAUAUAUUGGCACCUUUGCACUUUACAGUGGAACAGAUUGUACAAGUGGUUAGAGCUUUGAGGCCAGUAACUGAAAGGUAGCUGGAUCGAAUCCCUGAGCUGACAAGGUAAAAAUCUGUCAUUCUGCCCCUGAGCAAGGCAGUUCCACUGUUCACCGGGCGCCGAAGACAUGGAGGUCGAUUAAGGCAGCCCCCCGCACCUCUCUGAUUCAGAGGGGUUGGGUUAAAUGCGGGAGACACAUUUCAGUUGUACAACUGACUAGGUAUCCCCCUCUCCCUUUAAUAUUUCUUAUUUUCAAAACUGGUUGGGUGGCUAUUUUUACCCUGUAGGCACUUGCAAUUUAUUACAAGUGAGGAAAAAUUACACAUCACUUGCCUCCAACCAAAUUUAUUAGAAUUUCCAAUAAUGUAGCCCAGGCCAUAUUUUGACUUUAAUCUAAAUUUCAGUUUUGAGAAAAUGUCUGUGCAGAUGUAAAUCAAACAAAUAUAGGUGUGAACUUAUUUGACAAGAAAGUAGUGAAUCGUUCAAGGGUGCCAAUAUAUUUGUCUGCAAAUGUGUGUGUGUGUGUGUAUAUAUAUAUAUAUAU